UGUCAUGAGCGUUCAGUGAUCAGUCUACAUUGAAACCGGCACGCAACAUGCUGUCCGUGGCGUUCCACGCAUCCGUUGUGUUGUUCGACAUAUACACGCUGUGGUACGAUCAGAAAUAUGUGGAGUUACCUUUACCGGAGGAGUUCCAGGAGCUGCCGUUGAAGGCGAGAGCGAUAUUCCUCACGUUUUGGUGUCUUGUUCUACAAACGAUAUACUUCAGCAUUGCUCUACUGAACGACGUCAUCGGCACCAACGCACCGGCCCCAAAGAAGGCGCCCUUAAUCAGGAAAGUUAAGGAUGUACUUUUCAGCCUGGCGUUUCCCGUCGCACUCUACGUGUCUUCCGUUUUCUGGAGCAUCUACGGCAUCCACAAAGACUUAAUAUUUCCGGAUGACAUAGAGAGACUGUUCCCACAAUGGAUUAACCACGCGAUGCACACGCUAAUUGUGCCUUUUAUUAUGAUAGAAUUGUUAUUCACGAGAAGGAAUUAUCCUACGAGAAAUGUGGGCAUCACAGUGGCCCUAAUAUUUAAUUUGAUGUAUGUGGUUUGGAUACAUUAUUUGUAUUUCAACAAAGGAGCGUGGGCGUACCCUUUCUUAGAGGUAUUCAACUGGCCCAUGAGAAUUAUAUUCUGUACUUUCAGCACGUUUAUGUUAUUAACUGUUUAUACAAUAGGUGAAAAAAUUAAUUAUUUCGUAUCACCAAGUACUACAGCUGUUUAUUCGAACGGCAUAUCAAAAAGACACUGAUUAAAUAAGUUACUAUUUUUUA